AUCUUUGGCUUUGGCUUCUCAAACAUCGAGAACCACCAUCACCACAGCUAUCGCCGCUCCACCGGCACUGGUGGUGGGACAGUACCGCAAUAACCGCAGGGACUGUUGAGUGACAGCGUUGGUCUACUAGCUAGAGUAUCUCGGAACUGGAGACCUUCACAUGUAGAAGACAAGAGCUUCACCAUUGCAUGUUCUCCGCAAACUACCGGAGAGGUACCGGUAGCGUGGUCCUCUGAACCACAAUUUCACGUGAAGUAAUUUCUUCCCACCAAGUUUCUCAUCUACGACUGUAUCCAUCCAUUGCAACAAACAAUGCCGCCCCGUCUCCCCCUUCGCAUCACCUCUUCGUCAAGUCGUCGAUCAGAUUCUCCCAGAUCUAAUCUUCGAAGCCAUCAUCGAGGCAUCCAGGCAGCUUCUCUGAGGUCUGGUGGCUGGCCUUCCAACGCCAAGAAUCAUCAUAUUCAGAACAGCCAGCACCGAGUGACUUUCCAUACUACCAGUACUACUUGUACUACAGCACAGUCCACGGGUACCAGUACUGCCAACACUUCCACGACAACAGCGUCUACAUCUCCCCACCAGUUCUUAUUUUUGCCAGUUCAACAACAGCAGCAGCAGCAGCCUCUUCUUUUGUUGGAAGGAGAUGAGUUGCACGUAUCACGCGAGGGGAUUGCCCGGUCGUGCUACCACUUGGUGGAUGAUGAAGACCCAAGGACUUCUUCUUCUUCUUCUUCUCGAUGGACGAUUGAAGAACGAUACAAUCUGGAAGCGUUGACAAAGACUGUUGUGUUGCGAGAACCCGUCCAGGAGCCCUUCUACGCGUCUCCUUCGUCGUGGGCACAUCCUCGGUCGACCGUGUCCAUUGAACUUCAAGAAGCCGACACUCGCCAGUUGGGAACAGGUGGGACAACAUGGGAAGCUUCCAUGGCCAUGGCACUGUACUUUACACAUCACACAGAGGAAUUGCUUCAGGGUGACAUUGUCGAAGUGGGCAGUGGGGUGGGGCUGGGAGGAAUGCUCCUACAUCACAUUCUCAAAACCAGAGCAUACAUGCCACUGCAAGAGGAAGACACCUGCUCGAUUACACUCACAGAUGGCAACGAACAAGUCUUGCAGCAGUGUCAAGACAAUCUGGCGAGGUAUCUUGGCCAACAAACAACAACAACACACCAAAUAGAUGUACACAACAUUCCAGAUGCCAACAUUCCUCUACAAGCCAAGAAACUAGACUGGAAUGAUGUCCUCCAUGCGUCAACCAACCACAACAAUGAUGCCUCCACUCGGCCCGAGAAGAAAUACAAUACGGUUAUUGCAUGCGACUGUGCCUACCGAAGACAGGACGUUGCCAGUUUGAAAGCAACCCUCAAAUCAUUGCUCCAUAGGGAUCCUGAUAAGGAGGGACAACCACAAAGUGACAGCAACUGUAUCCACUUGUUCGGGCCAUAUAAUCGAAGUGCUUACCAUCAGGUUAUUGAAAUGAUGAAACAAGACGACGAACUGGAAGUUCACGUUGAAUGGAUGCAGCUCAGCAGGUAUCGGCUUUCCGCCAGACAUCACACGAACGAGACUCCUGCUUCUUCCAGCAAGGCCCCAUACCCCGGGCUUAUGGACCAAUGGUUCCAUCAUGGUGAGAACCCUUCUCAUGAGCUUCAGCCCUUGGAUGAAGCACUCAAGGAUUCCUCCAAAUCCUCUACCAAGUUUUUGCAUGUCACCGCGCAGUUCAAGUCGAAUGACCGAAAACAGACAGAGGACCAUCAAUCUUCGUCCAUCGAGGAUGUAGAUUGAGAAAGGGACUUUGGGCACUAAACAAUCUACUAGUCUUUCUUUAUUAUGAGGGUUUCUUAUUCUAAUGGCUUUCCAAAGGGUACCGUAUGGCAUGUGCCAUGUAGCUAGUUGUUGCCUUGCUGCUGCUUGAUCGCCGCUGUCAACUCUUGUAUCGCUUCUCGCAUCUGCUUCAUUUCAGCUUGCAUGGAAUUCAUCUGGGCAUGAAGUUGGGCAACUUCUGGAUUCGAAGGCGAAAGCAACGAUGGCAGGCACCACAGGAGACCGACGACAAUGACGCCGGCAGCUGGCGCCACAAUAUGCAUAUUAUCUGCAAGGAAUUCAGGAACGACGUUCUUGAUCGUGGCCAGCAAGCCACCUUCAGACGCUUUCUCCUCGCACUCCACGUUGUCGUCCUCGUUUUCGACCUCGUCGUCCCCACCAGCGUCAUCGGCAGCAAUUUCCUUGCUCAAAGCUUCUUUGACAAACGCAAACAGGUUCUCGUGCACAGGCUUGGUCUCGGACAGAGUCCCGUUUCUUAUCUGACUCUUGAGCAAUGUGGACUUUUUGAACUCCACAAAAACACCAACCUGUACUGUGAGAUCUCUAGUUCCAGAUCGCGUGGCCACCCAUCGAACCUCGACUUGGAACGUGUCGGCAUAGGGAAUUCCUUGAAACUCCACAGUCAUGUGCAUUGUGGAACGAUCGUUGUUGUCUAGGCGGCAGUACUGAGUUUGAUUUACCCCGGCAACGGGAGGCCCAAUCAUACUGUUCCUCUUCAAUUGGAAACUCACACUGCGUUUUUGGCUGAAACGUUCUCCGCUCCAAGGCGACGUGAAAGCAUCGCCUGAAGUCUCCCAUUGUCCAACAACAAUGUCGUAGCAAUUUCCAGAGCCCAACCAACUUCCGUAAAGGGACUUAUUGUCCGAUGUAUCCGACCAAACGAUUUCGCUUUUCCAAGGGAGACGAAAACGAAGAGAUGAGUCGAUUGAUCAGAAAGGGAACCAGGCCAGACCAGACUUUGGAUUCAGACUCAGUUCAUACUUACUGAAACUUGUUCACUGCGACACCUCUUAUCUUCUUAUUCAAGACUGUCUCCAUCUUCGCCAGCGUGGGAUCGGCAGCAACUGGUACCGCAGACGAAGGCUCCUUGUCCUCGGAUACACCCUCCUUGGUCGCUUCGACCUUUUUGGCCGCCUCGGCUUCGGCACGGGAUUUCUUAGCCUCAGCAAUACGACCUUCAAUGAUAUCCAGGGCCAUGUCUCUGUGGACGAAAUUGCCCAACAAAAGGGAUGCACCAUUUUGAGCAGUGACGAGCAUUGUGUCGCCAACCGCUGGCCUGAAGAGGUUAUCUUGCUUCGCCAGACCAGUCAUUGCCGAGUACUGCACAAUUGCUGAUUUCUUGCCUCGCCAUGCUACAAAGACGGCUCCUCGAUGCGUCAAAAACAAUCGCCCAAAUUCGACAGAUCCAAUCGUUCGUUUGGUACAGUCCUUUGGCAGGAACACGCAGGU